AUGCAACGAAACAUCACCAUCGUUGUCAUUCUCAUUCUCAUCUUCAUCCUGAUCUUCAUCGGCGCUCUGAUUGCCUACGCCAUGAAACAUCAGCUGGGGCCGUUCGCAGGCAAGCGAGUCUCCGACGAGGAAAGCGAGGGCGAUGCAGCAUAA